CAGGGUCAGGAAUUAGCACCUAAAUUUCGAAGGGCUUCUUUCCUUCUAGAGCUUCCGAACCUAUUAUAAACCCUCGAUUCUAUUUCAGAUUGAUCAUUAGGAAACCACCAUUCCGUCAAAAAUAAACAAAAACUCUGUCAUCCUAAAACUGAUCGCAUCAUGACAGUCAUGAUGAAUUUGGAAACAAGACAACGUGCCUUUUCGGAAUGGUGGACAGAAGAAACUGAAUAUCUUUUCCAAAAAAUUGAAAGGUGGGCUACCUGUGCAAGAGGAUACAAUCGUCUCAUAUCUCAAAGAAUGCCCAAAAGUCGAAUGCCGAUGGAAGAGAAUAUUUCUUCCUCCAGAUCGCGCAUUUCUGGAAAUAAACUUUUCGUCGAAGAGGCCUCCUGGAAUCCUCGUUUCCAAACUUUAAAUCGUUCCCAUGCCAGCAAAUCUCAACCUGAGGAAUUGAAACUUAAUUGCUGUGGGACCUUAAAUUACAAAUCAAAUUCAAAAUUGGACAGCACUUGUCUGGAGACCUACAGCUAUGAUCAUAGUAUUUAUUUCAAGACGAUUGGGGAUCUUAAGACAAAGAGCACCCAAGAUUUGAGGGAGGAGAAUCAGGAUUGGCAAAAAGAGUGUCUAGAUUUGAAAGAUGACUUUGAAAAGGUGGAUAAAGAGGAAUUUAAACAGAAAAUUGAAUGGGAACAACCUAGAAAGAAGGAGCGAUUUGACCAGCUAAUUUUUAUUGAAUCUUUCAAUGAAGAGGAUGAGGAAGUUGAAUAUUUAACGCGUUCGCCUGUUGAUAUGAGCAAAUUGUCGAUUGAUGAAGCGGAUCGAAAUUAUGAAAAUUUAGAUAAAUAUAUGAAAGAUUUGAGUUCAGAUCAGAAUCAAAAUCAGAAACAGAAUAUAGAAUUUAAUGUGAAUUUUGAUGAUGGAUUGAAGGACGUGAAUGAUAAUUUUCAAUUCGACCUGCAUUUUGGAAACCCUUUGGGUCAAUCGAGGAGCUUCUCAGAUUUCAAAUGUUUCAAUGAUUCAGAAGAUUCAAAAUAUUUUAAUUCGGAAAAUAGAAAUCAGAAAGAAAUGAAGAGAUUCUUCAGUCCAAGGAGGAAAUCUAAAUGUCAAGUUCUUGGAGAUGAUAAUGUCUGGCCAGGGGUUUUUCUGACCUACAGAAAAAAUACCGAUAUUGCAACUUCGCCACAUGAACACGCAGAAUCAGUGAGGGGAAGUGACUGUUAUUUUGUUUCCGGUUCGUGAAUGUGAUUCGAAAAUUUUAAUGAUUUCUACAAACAGUGAACACAAAGUGUUUUGUGAACAAAAUUUGUUGGUUAAAACCAAAUUAUUAAUGUUUUAGUACUACGCACGCGUUCGUACCUCUCGGGUUGGCAAAUCGAUCUUUAACGUUUGUGUCGUGUAAAUUGUAUUUUCCAACGAGUCAUUAGGAUUCAAU